UUGACUCAAACCCCAGAUGUGGCAUUGUUUCGAGACAGGUUGCAUUGCUGCCAACAUCACUGCUUAUUUCGAAUAGCGUCACUGUUCGCUCUGGAAAGCCAAUCCUCACAACUUAUUCCCUUCUGUUGGAUACUGUCGUCGUUUGAGUCCUCCAAAAAAAGAAUAUUGGGCCGUCCAAGAGCAAAAAGAUUAUCCCACUUCCUCCUAGCCAUUCCGGCAAAGAAAGCCGACAUGUCUUCAGUAAUUAUUACGAGUCGCAUCGAGUUGCGAAUUAUAGUGAUGUCGGUAUUAAUCAGCAUAUCGCAGGCAGCCUGGCAAGAUUUCAAUACAUGUGGAAGGAUCCCACUCGAUAAAUCGAGGAUUGUGGGUGGGGAUCCAUCAAACGAAGGGGACUGGCCGUGGAUGGCCAAGUCCUGGCGAUACCAUCCCGAGAGUGCAGAUGGCAGUGCAAGGUGUGGAGCCUCUUUAAUCCAUAAACAGUGGAUUCUAACCGCGGCCCACUGCAUAAACGUUUUAAAUGACCCUUCGAUCCACUACCAAGUCUUCGGGACGAACACGACAGUGGUUGCCGACUUCUCAAAGAACGUACAGAUCAUGGGGGUGUCUGAGGUGUACAUGCACCCCAAAUACACGUGGCGCUCCGAAACGACAGACUGGGACAUCACCGUGAUGAAGCUCAGCAAACAAGUGGAGCUGACCGACUACGUCCAGACGGUGUGUCUGCCCACCGAAGACAUGGGCGAGAACAACUCAUUUCCAGCCGGAACGCUCGCCACCAUCACGGGAUGGGGAACUCGACAGCAAGGCGGUGCGCAGAGCCCUGAUCUUUACGAGGUGACCGUACCUAUCGUUAGCCAGAAGGCGUGCCAAGAAUAUUACGCGGCGGAAAACAUCACUGAGCGUAUGAUUUGCGCAGGACUGGAGGAAGGCGGCAAAGAUUCUUGCCAAGGAGACAGUGGUGGUCCAAUGGUGUCUAAUCCCGUUGAAGGAAGCUUCCAAAAUCGCUGGUUCCAAACGGGUAUUGUAAGCUGGGGCUAUGGAUGUGCUCAACCAGAGUACCCCGGUGUUUACACGCGUGUAUCAGCCUUCCAAGAAUGGCUACAACCCAUAUUCGAUAGUAACGGAGUCACUGGCCCAACAGAAAAAUAUGGCGACAAUGGCUGUCAGAUGGAUGAAUUUAUGUGCCAAGGGCUCCUCUGCCUAUCCCAUGCCGUAAGAUGCGAUGGCAGAGACAACUGCUUCUUCAAACAUGACGAGUAUCAAUGCGGAACCUACGGUAAAUACUUCGAUCCCAUGCCGGGCAAGUGGCUAAACUCCUCGGUGGCAAGCUUCGACGUGGACAACGAUGAAGAGUGCGCCAUGCAUUGUAUCAACCGACUGGACUUCAACUGCUUCGCCUUCGACACGGAGCAGGUGGGCGACAAGCUGGUGUGCUACCUCACUGACGAGACAGUCGACACUUACGACAGGGGGCCGAACGACAGCCGGAUGCAUUACCAACUUCAAACACCAUCUGCGUACGGUGUGAAAGAAAUGACUUUCGACCAGCGCCAUAACUUCCUGGUGACACCUCGUUGGAUGCUGGAACAGGGCACCCCCGAAAGCAGCUGGUUCAUCUGGAACAUCGAGCCCGCCAGCCCAGAGAACUACAACUCGGUCGUGUUCUAUUUCGUUGGCGUGCGAUCUUUCGAGGAAGAAUCGAAGGAGUGUAAGACUGCUGGGAAUAUGAACAUGGUGAUGAUCCGGUCGGGAGUGGACGUGUCCAGCCCCGUGGCGGCAGCCUUUUGCUUAAAUGAGUUGCCCGAAACCUUCAGGGUCACGUCGGGCAUGGCGAGGGUAGAGUUUUACUCGAGCGACCUGACCAAGUAUGGCUUCUUGGCAGAAUACACUGCAGAGUGGUACUGCGAGGAUACCAAGACGACAUCUCCUGGUGAAGUCGCGUCGCCAAAAUACCCGUUCGACUACCCUCCAAACACUCACUGUACCACACUGCUGCAGGCUCCAGAAGGCAUCAAGAUCCAGCUGAACGUGACCACAGUCCUGCUGGAGACAUCCCCUGAAGGAAGCUGCUACGACAGCUUAACCGUCUAUGACGGCCCAGACGCCAACUCCCCAGAGCUGGUGAAGUUCUGCACCAACCAACCAAACACGUUCUUCUUCGAGCAGACGUCGAGCUCUAACUUCCUCUUUCUCGAGUUUAAGUCCGAUUACGUUAUCCAAAAUUCGGGAUUCAAGGCCAACUACACCUUCCUCACAGGGCCAACGAAUGAAGACAUUCUGGAUUCCACACUGACUAACUUCAAGUACGGCUUAACAGCCAUGGCAAUCUUCUUCUUCUGCCUGACCAUGGUCUUCAUCGCCUCGAUCGUUACUAUUAACACGCGAGAGAAGCAAGAGAGGGACAAGAUCGCGAAACUUAAGCACAAGCAAUCCAUCGUGGGCGUUGUCAUGCCCAAAGUUGAAGACACCAACAUAGACUGGGACAAGCCCUCGACAAGCCAGGCCGGCAGUGGCUCAAACGCCUCGCAACCGGACGAUUUCACCGAGGUGAACGAAGUUGAAGGAAAGACGAACCCUGCGUACGAGGCAGUGGAGUAACGGUGUAAACAACGAUAUGUUUGCUGAACCGCACCCGUUGUGUGGUUCAGUGAAGAUACCACUCCAUAUUAUUAAACAUACCACCCUCAGCUGCUUGCACACGGCGACUUUUUUUCUGGAAACCAGAAAGCACGUACAGAGAAAGAGGUGAAAAAUUCGGGAAACUAUUUAGGCCAGAGUUCAGCAAUUGAUUAAGGAAUAUGUUUUUAACGUGUUUUCACGGGGCAGUAAAGACCUUUUUAGAUCCUCUCACCGAGGAUCAAAUAAUAGUUGCUGUAUCCGACAUACUGGUAAAUGAAAUCUAUAUGCAGUACGCCAAAACUUUUGCUCUUAAAACAAAGAACAUUACGUACUGCGAUUGCCACUAUUUUAAUUAAUUAAUCAUGCUUGCAUCAAACACUAUGAAGACCGAACAGAAUGCAUUCAAGAUUGCUCUUUCUUGAUAAGUAUCCAUAUUCCAUUGAAGAGGUAUGGUGAUUCCGUGUAAAAGCCGGCAUCUUUGAGGAUAUCAUGGGUACAUGUAAGAAGGAAGAAACCGAAAGUAUAUUCAGCAUUGAAUUUCCAUAACCCAUGUACUUCCCUUCAAAUUCAAAGCUUAUGUUCAUUUUAGGUCUUUAUAAAAAGCGCAUAUGGGAGUUCUCGAAAA